AUGCAGCUGAUUCCUCAGCCCAUCUGGAUUUGUGCUAACAGUCAGCACUUUAUGCCUGAAAGGGCCCAAGACAACCAUCGCCUUCACUCUCUGCUGCCCAUCCGAGUGACCCAAGCAUAUUGCCAGAGGCUCUUUGGACCUUUCAAUGCCACCAGGAUGAG